AUGGCUGAGGCCACCUCCCAGACGCUCAAGCCUAUAUCCGGUCCUUCACCGUCUUUCUCCCAGCCGCCUGCUUCCUCCACCUUACAGAACACUUGGUCCUUGGUGGUGGGACGCAAGAAGAAGAAGCAGCCGGCACCCCAAACCCCGGCUUCGGCCAAAGCUGAUAACGCCAAAGGAGGCAGAGGGCCGACCAAAUCGGGAGCGAGUGCGGCUCAAGCCACUCCUCCCAAACCAAAGUUAGGGAAACCGCCCCGCUCGGCGGCGGUUGUACUCACUGCUCCCGAAGGGGCAAGUACAAGUUUCCUGGGGGAGGUCUUGUCGUAUGUUCGGGGUCGGGUGGCACUUGGGCCCUUCGGCAUCACAGACCUCCGCCCGAGAAGGGCGCUCACCGGGGCACUGAUUCUUAAAGUCUCCGGUGAAAACAGCGAGGCCAGGGCGGACAAGCUCUAUGAGGCAAUGCUCCCCCUGGUUCUUGAGAAGGGUGCAAGACUCGCGAGGCCGAUCAAGACCGUGGACAUCAGAGUCCGUGGCCUCGACGAGUUCAUUUCCCCCACCGAGAUCGGAGACGCAAUGGCAUCCGCCGGGGGCUGCCGACCGACCAAUGUAAAGAUUGGCCAAGUUUGCGCCCUCCCGGCUGAUUGCUCACUGCAUGGGUGCCCCUUGGUAGCGGCCCAAAAGAUCAUGGCGACCGGGGCCAUCCGAGUAGGCUGGGUGAGAGCACCAGUUGAGGUGCUGAAGAGACGACCCCUCCAGUGCCAUAGGUGCCUUUGGCGCGGGCACGUAAUGUCAGCGUGCACAUACACCGCGCCGGAGGAAGACCAGAGAGGUCGCUGUUAUCAGUGCGGCGACCGGGGUCACAGGGUGUCGACAUGUCCAGCGUCGGCACCCAAGUGCCCGUUAUGUACGGACGCCUGGGGGGAAGAGAAUGUGCCCCGGCCUCCAGAAAAGGCAAGUGGGCCUCCAGGGCCAUAA